AUGAAAGGACGAGUCCACGGAACGGAUGUUUGUGAGCUCGCGAAUUGCCUUACCUACGUCCAGGUAAACAUCUACAACACCGACAUUUUAACUUUGAAAGAACAUGGCUUCGACAUUGAGGAUUGGCUUAGGGACACAGGCUACCGCUCUAUCAUAAUGGACGUGCCAGUUCUUAAUUCUUUGAAUGAGUCUGCAGGCGAGAUUGUGGCCAGACGCAGACAUGAUGCGGAGAAAAAAUUACAAAGGGGAAAGAUGGUCGUCCAUACUCCUGACUUACACGAUGAUCUUCUCACACCUAAAUCGUCCUCAAAGCCUCCAAAUACCCUUAGACAUGCUCUAGCGAAAGGAAAUGGAGAGAUCUCAGAAGAUGAAACACUUUACGAGGAUUGCAAGCUGUUGUCAGGAGAGGAACCGCAUAUUGAUACUGCAAUAACAACAGGAGAAACUACAUCAAUGGGUUGUGCCAAAGACCGUCAUAGUAAUUCUACCUUCCACCACAGCUUCCCGACAUUGGAGAGACCUACGAUUACCCGGAAUAAUGGUGUAGAUGAAGAAAUGUCAGGACUCGUAAGCGCUACCGCUGGACACAGAGCAGACGAUUUGAUGAGCGAUGACACUUCUUAUGUUAUCACCGAACUGAGUCCCCCUAUCGCACCACUGAACAUCAAAAGCUCGGAAACCAUCGAAGAAAACAACACUGCAUCCAAUAUAGCAGCUAUAAGCCCAUCAGAAUCUCGUAGUAUAAAUGCUGAUAGUUCUAUAGUGCAUGACACUGGAAACGAAGCCGAAAUGUCACCAAAGGUGAACGCUCCUGCAAGAAAAGGUAGAUGGAAGAAUCACCAGUUAUCGCCUUUUGUAAGGACCUUUGAGUGCCACUACCCGGCGUGUACCACCAAAAUCAUAUGGCGUCCAGGAUAUGGUAAGAAUCGCUUGGUCACUCAUGUAAGAAUUCACUGGGGAAAGAAGCUGAAGAAGUGCAGGCAUUGCGAUUACUCGGCUACACACUGGGGCGGGAUUUAUCAACAUCACCAACGCAAACAUCCAGAUGAGGAAUUUGCCGGUGCCAUCGAUCUUGAGACAGAGCAAGAUAUGAGAGAGCUGAUGGAACUUUGGAGGCAAUGUUAUCCAGGUGCUGUUGAAGAAGAAUUUUGUGACCCUAAGCUGGCACGUAUCACUCGCGCAAGCCGUUUUCUACAUAGCUGUCAUAAUGUUUAGAGCAGAUGUAUUUUGUUUGUUUGUCGUCGACUCAUAGUAAAUUGUUCUUGUAUAUCUUACGCUACUUUGUGCCUGUAAAAUUUGUGUCUUUGUCCUAGUAAGUUUCUGUAGUCCUUCAAGUGCUGAAUAAUUAAGAAAUCUGUGUUGAUGCGCUGUAUCUCGUUUGCUGUGUUUUUAUUGAGGUGAUCAUC